UUGUGACCUUCCCGGGCCCCUCCCUCCUGGGCACUGUGAUGCUGCACGGCAGCUGCUGGCCUGGCAUGCCUGUCCCCGGUCCCCUCCCGCUCAGUGUGUCACAACAGCGGAGGCGGCCGUAUCUGGAGCAGUUGAGGUGGGCAGCCCCAGCUGGGAGGAGAGCAGACGAGGAAAACGGUCACGAUGCGGGAAUGCAUAUCAGUCCACGUGGGCCAGGCAGGAGUUCAGAUCGGCAAUGCCUGCUGGGAGCUCUUCUGCCUGGAGCACGGCAUUCAGGCUGAUGGCACCUUUGGGGCCCAGGGCAGCAAGGUCAACGACGAUGACUCCUUCAACACCUUCUUCAGCGAGACUGGCAAUGGGAAGCACGUGCCUCGGGCUGUCAUGGUAGACCUGGAGCCUACUGUUGUGGAUGAAGUUCGGGUAGGGACCUACCGUCAGCUUUUCCAUCCAGAGCAGCUGAUCACCGGAAAGGAAGAUGCGGCUAACAACUACGCCCGAGGCCACUACACGGUGGGCAAAGAGAGCAUUGACAUGGUGCUGGACCGCAUACGGAAGCUGACAGAUGCCUGCUCUGGCUUGCAGGGCUUCCUGAUCUUCCAUAGUUUUGGUGGAGGCACUGGAUCUGGCUUCACGUCUCUGCUGAUGGAGCGCCUCUCCCUGGAUUACGGCAAGAAGUCUAAGCUAGAAUUUGCUAUCUACCCAGCCCCACAAGUGUCCACUGCGGUGGUGGAGCCCUACAACUCCAUCCUGACCACCCACACCACACUGGAACACUCAGACUGUGCUUUCAUGGUGGACAACGAGGCCAUCUAUGACAUCUGCCGCAGGAACCUGGACAUCGAGCGCCCCACCUAUACCAACCUCAACCGUCUCAUCAGCCAGAUUGUGUCCUCCAUUACUGCCUCUCUCCGCUUUGAUGGGGCCCUCAACGUGGACCUCACCGAGUUCCAGACCAAUCUGGUGCCCUACCCACGCAUCCACUUCCCGCUGGUCACCUACGCACCCAUCAUCUCUGCCGAGAAAGCCUACCAUGAACAACUUUCCGUAGCUGAGAUAACAAGCUCCUGCUUUGAGCCCAACAGCCAGAUGGUGAAGUGUGACCCAAGACAUGGCAAGUACAUGGCCUGCUGCAUGCUGUACCGAGGGGACGUGGUGCCCAAGGAUGUGAAUGUGGCUAUUGCCGCCAUCAAGACCAAGAGGACCAUCCAGUUUGUAGACUGGUGCCCCACAGGCUUCAAGGUGGGCAUCAACUACCAGCCACCUACGGUGGUGCCAGGAGGGGACCUGGCCAAAGUCCAGCGUGCUGUCUGCAUGCUGAGCAACACCACGGCGAUCGCAGAGGCCUGGGCUCGCCUGGACCACAAGUUUGACCUCAUGUAUGCCAAGCGGGCAUUUGUGCAUUGGUAUGUUGGAGAAGGGAUGGAGGAAGGAGAAUUUUCCGAGGCCAGGGAGGACCUGGCUGCCCUGGAGAAAGAUUAUGAAGAAGUGGGGACUGAUUCAUUUGAAGAGGAAAAUGAAGGGGAGGAAUUUUAAAUACACAUGUUCCCCUUGACUUUGUCUCUUUAUUUAGUGAUGUUUCUGUCAAAG